UGCUGCGGGACGCCUUGCUCCCUCACUCCCUCUGACCCUUCUCUUCCUCCGCUGCCUCGCUCUUUUCUUCUCUUCCUGCUCCUGCUCCCCAUCCACCGGCCCCCGAGCUCUAUUGUUGCCCGAGAGGGCUUUUAUUUCUCCGCUCUCUCUUAUCCACAAAAAUUUGCCCGGUCCCAAAUUUGUCGGGGCUUCUCCUCGGCCCUGCCUCUGCCUCUCGCUGCCUCCUCUCCCCUCCUUUCUGGUUUUUCCCUCCUUCCCUCUUCCUCAACUUCCCCUCCGCGGGGCUGCUCUCUCAUUGCCCUAAGAAGGGGGGUGGGUGGGGGAGGGCACGGACGGUGCCAGCAGGCUCCAUCCCCCUGCCGGCCCCAUGCGGUGGGGGCUUCGCAGCUCAGCCGGCGGCUGUCGAGGCUGCUGAGCCUCGGCUGUGGGUUCAUGGGCGCCCCAGGGGCGUCCCGCCCCCACCUCCCGCUCGCUCCGGCUCUCUGUCGCUGCCUGAACGUCCCUGUGACCAUGCCACAAUGGUCCUGAUCUGGCUCCUGGUGUUCAGUCUGCUCCAUCCCAGCGGGCAGGCGGCAUGGGCCCCCCGGGAGGCGGAGGCUGGGGCCCUCGAGGGCCGGCUCCGUAGGGAUGCCGGGGGCCGAGGCGGUGUCUACGAGCACCUCGGCGGAGCGCCUCGGCGCAGGAAGCUCUAUUGCGCCACCAAGUACCACCUGCAGAUCCCCCCCAGCGGCCGGGUCAGCGGCAGCCUGGAGAACAGCGUCUACAGCAUCCUAGAAAUCACUGCAGUGGAGGUUGGAAUCGUGGCCAUCAAGGGACUGUUUUCUGGACGAUAUCUAGCAAUGAACAAACGGGGAAGACUUUAUGCCUCGGAGAAUUACAAUGCUGAGUGUGAGUUUGUUGAGCGACUACAUGAGCUGGGCUACAACACCUAUGCCUCCCGCCUGUACAGAACAGCCCCCAGCGAUACUGGGGCCAGGCGCAAAGCCAGUGCCGAGAGACUCUGGUAUGUCUCCAUCAAUGGGAAAGGCCGACCCAGGAGGGGCUUUAAAACCCGCCGGACCCAGAAGUCUUCUCUCUUCUUGCCCCGAGUCCUGGAUAAUAAAGAUCACGAGAUGGUCCGACUCUUCCAUUCCAGCCUCCGGUACAGGGAGAGCCUCCGGAAGCCAGUGGACAGAAAUGAGAGAAAGAGGAGGCAGGGACAUUUGCCAGUUCUGGAAGCCGGCGAGAGGGACCCGCCCGAGGUUCCCUCUAUGCAAGCAUCAAGCCCUCCGGGGACAUUCUGACCCACUGGGUGUUUGCUUGGACAUUCUCCAACCUAUUUACUUUUAGUGGUUUUAGAUGCACUCAUGGUGGCCUACAAAAUGCCACGUCCUGGAGGCACACUCCGAUGUCGAGCCAUCUUGUCCUUGGUUUUCCAUCUCAACCGAUAUCUGUAAACAUUUCAUUUGGGGGCUCCGACGUCUUUCCAUGUAUUGUUGACUUCACUUACCUUGCCCCAGCAUCCUCAGAGGGCCCUGCCCAUUGCCUUCUAUUCCCCGGGAGCCGGCCAAGCACUUCCCAACUGUCUGACAAUACAGGAGGGAAUCCUGGAUGGGAAGGCCAGAGUGCCCAGGAGGCAAAGGACGGGAGAGGGUGGCAGAGAGAUUCCAGUUGAAAUGGCCACAUAUCCCACUGGAAGGUCCUUCUGAUGGGUCGUCAAGGCCCAUCAUGCCUCUCCCCUAAAGUGAAGGUAGCUAAGAUCCCUCAGCUUGCUGGGGAAGACUCUUGUGGUCUCCGAGGCAGAGCCCGGCUCUCUCUCUUCCUCAGCCCACACACCCUCAUCCUGUGUGAUCUCCAUCCACAUUUCCUCGUCAACCCUCCAGGAAGGCUGGAGGCCCUCCUACUGCUCCUUGGACAUCCUGGGAGCACCAGGGUACCCCCUGGGCUGUCGUCUCAUUCUGGCAGCCUGUGCCACCUCCUUUUCUGGUCCUGCUCACCCUCCGUCACCUCUUUUAGGUCAGAAACGUGGGAAUCCUUUCCACCAGCAAUACACAUGGGUGAACAGUUUGGGUGUUCGCUAUUUGUUUAAUGAAAUCAUUAAAGCGACCUAAAAAGACUUUAUCUGACUUCUUUCCUUCCUCGAUGAUGCUGGAUCCUGGGAGAGCCGGUGCUCUUCUGUGGGCACCUCUCCAUCCAGCGCAGGCAGCUCUUUCCUCUUUUCCUUUUACCCUUGGAUCUCCAUCAGACUUGUAGGGCUUCUCUCUUAACGGUCAUAACAUCCUCUGGGAAAUUUGCUCUGGGUUAGCAGGGAAAGCCAUUUCUCCAAGCCGGGGCCAUUUGGGUUUG